AUGGCGGCUACUGGAAGAUCAAGCGCUUCAUCAGUUCUACGCCCUCUCUCUUCUUCUUCUCACAGAUUACUCAAUCACAGUCACAAUCACAACCACAAUCAUGAUCAUCAUCAUCAACGAUCCGCGUCUCCUUGCAAUCUCAACCUCUGUUUAAAGAGGGUUUCUCCGGCGAACACCCCGAAACCCUCCGUCGCCGUUUCCAGUCAGAAGAUUAAGUGUUUAUGCUCUCCCACGACGCACCCCGGAUCUUUCCGGUGCUCUUUUCACCGCCGAUUGGAAAACGAGAAGAACGGAACCCUAGGUUCUUCGUCGGCGAAGCGAAACACAUGCGGUAACACGACGAGGAAUUCGGCAUUGAAUCUGAGAAAAGCGGCGUUGGUGAAUUCGCUCGCGAAGAUCGGAAGCGUUGAGGCGGAGCGAUUUAGGAAAUCUUUAGCGGCGACUAUGGUUAAGCCUAAUUCUUCUCUCCAUACCCGCCGCCGUAAUGAGUUCCGGCCACGACCUAGCCGCUUUUACGCCUUGCAUAAAGAUCAAGAUUGA